AUGAGACUAAGGUCAGAGAAAGAGGAUCUCCUUGACUUCAUGAAAAUUGUCUAUCUCCCCUACACGGUCAUCGACGUCGGUUGGUGGUAUCAAAUGUCGCUACCAAGUUUGCCUUCGGGGAAAAUCGACGACCGGAUUGUGUUCCCAGUCACUAGCAUCAAAGGCGACGGAAACACUAAAUCAGCUCUGAUUGACAAGCGAGACAUUGGAAAGUAUGUGGCAAGAAUCAUCACGGAUCCCAGAACUUUGAACAAGUCUGUUUUUAUCUACAAUGAGAUCUGGACCCAGAAGGGUUUGUUUGAUCUUCUUGAAAAGGUUUCGGGAGAGCGAAUUCCGAGAAACUAUGAGAGUGGGCAGGACCUGAUGGCGGCCAUCAAUGACGUGAAGCAACGAUUCGCUCAUGAUGAUCCCCAGCUUCUAAUGGCCAUAGGCCUACGAGAAUAUUAUUACUCCCUCGAAAUUCGUGGAGACAACACCCCAGAACAUGCUGAAUACUUGGGUUAUUUGAACGGAAAGGAACUUUACCCCGAUGUUCAGGUGGAGACUCUGGAGGACUAUAUGAAGGGUGUGGUUGAUGGAACCAUUGAACGACUGUACAUUGGACGUCGUUAA